UGGCUGCCGCGCGAGCGGCUGGGCUCCCCGUGACCCCCGCGCGCAGCUCGCCGGCCCCCGCCUCCCCCCGGGCUCUCGGGCCCCCGCCGGGCCUGGGGCAGCGCUGGCGGGAGGACGCUGCGCACGCGGCUCCCCCGGCCCGCGCGCCCGCCCCAGCCCCGCCGUUAUUCGGAUGCGGAGGCCGAGACGGGCAGCGCCGAGAGCGCGGGGGUCCCGGACCAUGCUGGGGAGCGGGCGGCGGCGCCCGGCGGACUCGCAGCCCGACCAGUGGGUGCUGGUUGCACCAGAGCCUGUUACUGAUCUUCCUAUGAAACUUGAUGGUGGACCUUUAUUUACAAGACUGCGUAAUCCAAGUACAGGGGAAGCUGCCCUCUACUUAUUCAAUAGCAGUGCACAGCAGCUGUUUGAAGUAAAAGCUUUUCAUGAAGAAUAUCGUUCUUGGUUUAUAGGUCAGACUGUUCAACAUGAUGGACGCCUAUUGUUUGCAACGCCAAUGGAUCCUUUAUUUCUGGUGCUUUUCUACCUCAUAAAGGCAGAGAAAGAGAAAGGAAAGUUCCAACCACUGGAUCAAGUUGUGGUUGAUUCAGAAUUUUCUAGCUGUACGAUGUUGCUACAGUGUGCAAGAGUUAUGGACUCACUACAUCAUGUGAUAGAAGAAAAAGAAAUUGGCAAUAAGAAAUUUUAUAAAUACAGCCAAGAGAAGACAUUGAAGUGGUUAAAGAAAAAGGUCAACCAGACAGUGAAAGUACUUAAAAGCAGCAAUGUAUGUGUGGGUGGAAGGGUGCAAUCGGCUACAUUUAUCAGCGGCAAACAAAUCACAGAUGUUAAAGAAGAUGACUAUGUACGAUAUGCCCAUGGUUUAAUAUCAGAAUAUAUUCCUGAAGAUCUGAGUGUUGAGCUAUCUAAGUACUUGCAGCUUCCAGAACUUACAAGUCCAGAAGCAGACCCCCCACUAAAGAUGUCAGUAAAAAGCCGUCAGAGGAAGAAAUGAAGAACACAAUGAGGCUUGGUUAUAUCACUUUUCAUACUCUCCAAGCAGCUUUUAAAAACUUAUGUGCUUUCUAAAAGUGAAUUCGUAGAACAAGGCAUCCCUAAGCUUUAAGAAACAGUUAAUGUCAACAGAUAACAUUGUUGAACAAGCUGUGUAUUAAUCAUAUGCAGCUUCAAAUUUUAUAGCUAAUACAAUAUUGCUCUGUAAGGCCUUUUCAGGAAGGUACUUUAAGCACAUGUCUAAAUGUAAGCAUGUGAGUAGUCCAGUGGGUCUGCUCACGUGGUUAAAUGCUUUGCUUGGUGAGGGCCCAAGUGCUCAAGCCUACAAGGUGCUGAGCACUCUGACCCUGAUCCAGCAAAGGCAUGUACUCUCAUGCUUAACUUGAAAUACGUGAGCAGUCCCACUGACAGGUUUGCCUUUGUGAUAUCCAUAGAAUUCAUGCAUACAAUUAAGCACAUGCUUCAGUACUUUGCUGGAUCCAGGGCCGCCCAGAGGAUUCCGGGGUCUUCGGCAGUGGG